AUGGCCUUACCUCAGAUCUUCUCUUCUUUCAAGUACUCCGAUAGCCUCACCGUCGUGGCCAUUUCGUUCUACACUGCCAUAGUCUGCGAGGCUAUCUCCUGGCUCAUCAUCUAUUGCAUCAACUCCUACAAGUCGAGGUCCUUAAUUGACAAGGCUACCAAGAAGCUGGAGACGAUGAAAACUGAGAGUCUCAAGGAGUCGAGCCGCAACCUCUCCCUUUUCAAGUUCAAGUCUGGCGCCGUUGUCGCCCUUGUCCUCCUUCGUCUUCUUCGGUCCUAG